AUGCCCGAGCUCAACCGCGUCGUCGUGUGGCAUCAGGGCCGGGACCAAGAAAACGCGGCCGAGGGUGGCGAUCUGGGGGAUUUGGAAAUGCUCCAGGGUCUGUUCGGGUCUGUCGGCACACAGUUCGGAUGGUGCUUCGAGUCGGCGUUUGCGGGGACUCCGCUGGGGAAGGUGUUGGGGGUCGAGAGCACGGGGGGUCGAGGCCAGAAUGUCCACGCUCACGUGCUAGAUGCCGGGGGCGCUUCGGGGGUGGGGCUCUAUUACGACGAGGAUACGCAUUCUGUCUUUUGA